ACUGAGAAAAACAAUCAAGAGUUGAAUGUAAUGAUUAGUUCGUGUGGUUAAUUCUCAAAUGUGCCCCUCCUCUUGACUUUCCCUUGCUACAACACGUCGACAAUCAUCUCCGCCCGUCUUCUCCAUUAUACCCACCAUCGAAUUAGCUCAUCCCAAAUUCCAAUCCCAGCAUUUUCUUCCCCGGUUCUUCAGUCUACCUACAACACCCAAAUCGCACUCAAAACCCAAAUUUUCCCAAUCCCAGCAUUUUCUUCCCCGGUUCUUCAGUCUCCCCACAACACCCAAAUCGCAUUCAAAACCGCUAUGCCGUCCUGCUCCCCACACACGCGUAGAAAUUGAGAAAAACCAUCCAACUCCAUCGCGAUCUCUAGCUGUCCACGGCCCAAAAGAGCAGCAAGGUUUCGAUCGAAAUGGGAAGGCAAUGGCACGCCGUCGCGGCGCUAUGCAUAUCCUGCACCGUCAUGGCCGCCGCCGUCGGUGCCGACAGGGGGCGCUUGUUCGCCAGCACCGCGGCGGCGCCGGAGCCGGAGGAUGUGAGCUUCCUGCGCAAGGUGGCCAGCUACAUGUGGCAGAAGGACGGAACCACGUACCACCACGUGUGGCCGCCCAUGAAGUUUGGAUGGAAAAUUGUGUUGGGGUCAUUCUUCGGGUUCAUCGGAGGAGCGUUCGGCAGCAUUGGAGGGGUGGGUGGAGGUGGGAUCUUUGUGCCCAUGUUGACAUUGAUCAUUGGCUUUGAUCCCAAGUCCGCGGCGGCCAUGUCAAAAUGUAUGAUCAUGGGAGCUGCUGUGUCAACCGUUUACUGUAACCUAAAGCUGAAGCACCCUACCUUGGACAUGCCAGUGAUAGACUAUGAUCUGGUCCUGCUCAUACAGCCCAUGCUCAUGCUGGGGGUCAGCAUUGGGGUUAUUUGCAAUGUUAUAUUCCCCAACUGGCUUGUCACCGUCCUCUUGAUCAUCCUGUUCCUAGUUACUUCGACUAAAGCUUUUCUAAAGGGUGUUGAAACAUGGAAGAAAGAGACAAUAAUAAUAAAGGAGGCAGAAAAAAGAUCAGAGCAAAUAAGCGAAGAAACGGAAUAUACACCGCUGCCUACAGGACCUGAUUCCCCAGCUGAGACAAUAACUCCAUCAGAUGAAGCGGUAUCCAUUUGGAAAAACGUUCAUUGGAAGGAGUUUGGCCUUCUGGUCUUUGUUUGGGUAGCAUUCCUUGCUCUUCAGGUUACAAAGAACUACAUAGCAACUUGCUCAACGUGGUACUGGGUUUUGAACUUACUACAGAUCCCAGUGUCUGUUGGUGUUGCCAUGUACGAAGCUGUAGGUUUGCUGCAGGGAAAGAGGGUGAUUUCAUCAAAGGCAAAUGAUCAGACCAGCCUAAAAGUUCAUCAGUUACUGCUAUAUUGCUUCUUGGGCCUCAUGGCUGGUGUCGUUGCCGGUCUGCUUGGUGUCGGUGGUGGCUCCAUCAUGGGGCCUCUCUUCUUGGAGCUAGGUGUCCCUCCGCAGGUCUCAAGUGCUACAGCCACCUUUGCAAUGAUGUUCUCAUCUUCCAUGUCCGUCGUAGAAUACUUCCUCUUGAACCGGUUCCCUGUACCAUAUGCUCUCUUCUUCACCGUUCUGGCAUUUUUUGCUGCGAUUGUUGGCCAGCGAGUUGUAAGGAAGCUGAUCGGUUUGUUAGGACGGGCAUCGCUUAUCGUCUUCAUAUUGUCCAUGAUGAUCUUCGUCAGUGCGUUUUCUCUAGGCGGAGUGGGCAUCUCCAACAUGAUUCACAAGAUCACCCGACACGAGUACAUGGGAUUCGAGAACAUCUGCAAAUAUGAUGCCUGAAAAGCUGCGGCAGCUAGCAGGCAUGCAAGAUCAAGAACAGCAUGAUGUAUUGUGCAGUUUCAGUGGAUGGAACACUGUGAUGUAAAUUUGCAGAUCUCAGGUUGGACCAUAAGGGUUGGCGAUCAGAAUUCCAUCCUGUAGUUCAACAUAGUAUUUUUCCCUUCAAUGGAAUGUCGCUCUAGAAUUUGCCCUUCUCAUUGUUGUUCUAGUUCUUCCAUCGUCUUUCAAAUAUCCGACUGUUUUGUUUCAAAUUCACUCUCCCCACACUUGAUAUUACAGUUUUGCCCCUCCCCUCUAAUUCCUUGCUUCCACGCUUCAUAAAACAUACCUACAAGGCUCGUGUUCUUGUAGUUUAUUCAAUAGAUGCUGGAGUGUUUAUUAAGUCCGGCUGUAGAUUGUUCUAUAUAUGAUGUGUGAGAUAUACUCUGUUACUUGUAGAUGGAUGGACAUAUUGUUGUAUGAAACAAAAAUAGUGAUUAUCUUUAUAGAUUUAUGUUUGUUCUGACUUCUUUAACAAA